GACAGCAGGCAUGUAUUUGUCCGUAUAGUCGAAUAUUGUAGUAUUGCAAGUGGCUGGAGCGUUGGUAGUGCUUCAAAUAGCUGUUGAAGAUCUUGAGAUUUCGUCGCGUAGUGAGUAGUUCUGAUCAAGAUCUAAUGCGGAAGAGCUUCUAAAAGCCGCAAACUGUUUCAUUCCGUGAAAAAUUUGGCCAGGGAUCUGACUGCAUUCAGAAGAACGGGGAAACGCUCAGCAAUCCGGAAGGUCCAAUAAGGAUAAAUGAAGUCAACAUGGUUAACAAUCAUUCCUAUUUGAAGGAGAGGAACAUUAUCGACAAAGCUUAUGCAUGUGUCCCAAUACUGUUGGCCGAAGGCAUGGCGACAGCCUUUCUAAUCCAGUAUUUUCGGUGUAAGAGUUAGUUGAAGCUCUGACAGUUUUCUGCUGGAUUAUUUCAGGAAUUCAUUUCCAAAGCCUUUACACACUCUUCUAAACUUCGUUUCUGAAGUACAAUUGGAGAAGGCUUUAAUUUUAGAGGCCCCGAGGCUUUCUCGAGUGGAGAAAAAUCAUGGGUAAUCAGCUGAUAUGCAUGCCAAGUAAGCAUGGAAAGCAGAUCAAAUCGGGCAGUAAGGUUAGGACGAAGUCAAAGAGGAAAAUGGGUUUGGAAGAGGAGCUCUUGCACCAGCAGGCGUUGGCCAUGGCUCUGCAUCAACAGCAGAUGGCACAGAUAAGGUCAAUCUCACAACGUUACCAGGCGCCCAAUUCCAAACAAGGCCUUCCAAGAAGCUCAAGCGCUCGUCCUCGAAACCAGUCGGAUCUUAUCGUGCCUGCUCAUCAGCUCCUCAACGAGGAUGCAAAGGCUCUAGAUAAUUUAGAAACUAAACACUUUGUCCUAAUUCAUGGUGGUGGAUUUGGAGCAUGGUGUUGGUACAAGUCUAUUGCCUUGCUAGAGGAAGCUGGCUUUACAGCAACUGCUUUGGAUCUCACGGGAUCUGGGAUUGAUCAAACUCAGACAAAUAGCAUCACAACUUUAGCUCAAUAUGCAAAGCCUCUUCUUGAUUAUUUAGGCAAUCUUCCUGAGGGCAAUAAAGUUAUUCUAGUUGCCCACAGUUUUGGAGGUGCUUGUAUAUCUUAUGCAAUGGAAUGCUUUCCUAUAAAAAUAGCAAAAGCAGUCUUCGUAACUGCAACAAUGGUGAAAGAUGGACAGAGGGCAUUUGAUGCCUUUGCCCAAGAGCUGUCAACUCCAAAUGAUCUCAUACAAGAUGCACGGAUUUUUAUUUAUGGCAAUGGCAAUGAAAACCCUCCAACAGGUCUUGAGUUUGACAGAAACCAGCUAAAGGAGUUGUUUUUCAAUCAAAGCCCUACCAAGGACAUUGCCCUUGCAACUGUGUCCAUGAGGGCAAUUCCAUUUGCACCAGUGAUGGAGAGGAUAUCUCUUACAGAAGAGAAUUAUGGCAGUGUAAGGCGUUUCUUCAUUCAAACACCUGAGGAUCAAGCGUUGACCCCAGCUGCUCAACAACGCUUGAUUGAUGCUAAUCCUCCAGAGCGGGUUUUCAAGGUCAAAGGCAGUGACCAUUGCCCCUUUUUUGCAAAGCCACAAUCAUUGCACAAAGUGUUUUUGGAAAUUGCACGGCUGGAGAAAUUCUGAGAAGGGUGUUCAUUGGACAUGGGUAUCUCAAAUUAUUUGUUCAAUCUAGAUUCUCUACUAAAGUCACAAUCCCGGAGCUGUUAUUUUCAUCUCUCGUGAAGGCAGCAUAUACCAUAUAUGGAGAUGAUGCGGCCAGAAUUUGGAAUUGCGUUUAGAGCGAAUUGUUGCUUGUCUUCUGUGCUAUUAUUUUAAUUUAAUCUCAUAAAGCAUCACAAGAAAAUUGUAUUAUUGUAAAAUAAUAUUAGGUAUUCUGCCUAAAUUUAUCAUGUUUGUGCAUUGAUAGUAGUAAAAUUUUUCAUAGGAGAUUUUUCCUUUUUACUUUUGUCUGUAUCAAUACUGCCUAAUUUGGUGGGACGUUACUCUACUGUUUCCAUCAAUAUAUUAUAAUGGACCUCAAUGGUCCUGAUUUCGAA